AUGAGCAGAAUAAUUACAAGCGAAAGUGAUACUGAUAAUGAUACCGAUUCUUCUAGGUCUUCAACUUUAUCUCAAUCAUCUCACUCGAGCUCCUUAAGAGAUGGCAACCGUCAGCUUAGCGUUAUCGAUUAUUCUCCUUCCAUUACUAUGGAACGGAAAUUGGAACAUUAUACCAGGAAACUAUCUCAGGUUGGUCUCGGUGAGAAAGAGGAUAGUUCCGUAAGUUCUGAUAGUGAACUUAUUUCUAGUAAUCAUCAAGUGUUACUUGACGAUGAGGAAUCUCUAGAGAAAGUACAAAUUAAGUUUAUACCUAUUGGAUCAAUUUCUUCAAUGGUACCGUCAGUGUUUAAGAUUUCACAAGGUCAACCAUUCUCAAUGAUCCUAGCAUUUCUUACGAAGAAGUUGAAAAUACAGUAUGUACAUUGUUAUAUUAAUAAUUCAUUUGCACCAAGUCCCCAACAGAAAAUAGGUGAUUUAUGGAAGCAGUUCAAAGUUAACGAUGAAUUAAUAGUUAGUUAUUGUGGUUCUGUAGCAUUUGGCUAA